AUGGCGACGGGCCACAACAUUGAUGAAUUAUGCGUUCUGGUGAAUGGUUAUCUCCGCGAAAUACAUCAGUUCUUCACUGCGCGUAACCUGCAAUUAUCACCAGCGAAGUCGUCAACAACACUUUUUACCACCUGGACGAAGGAAGUAAACCUUAACCUUGGCAUCGUGGUCGAUGGAGUCCAAAUUCCGACCGUGCACCACCCAAAAAUAUUGGGUGUCACAUUUGAUAGCCUCUUUACUUACUCAGCUCACGCCACUGCAAUCACGCACAAAUUGCGAAGUAGAAACAAGGUCCUCAAAGCGCUAACCGGCAGCACUUGGGGUAUGGAUAAAGAAACCUUGUUGGCUACAUAUAAAACGAUUGGUCGGUCAGUGGUUAACUAUGCUGCUCCAGUGUGGUCACCUUCGCUAAGUGAUACCCAGUGGAGAAACAUUCAAAGCUGCCAAAAUGCCGCCCUAAGGACUGUAACGGGCGGCCUACAAAUUACCUCGGAACAUCACCUGCACGAGGAAACGAAGGUCCUUCCAGUCAAGGAACACAAUGUCAUGUUGACUAAACAGUUCCUCCUGGGAUGUCAUCGGAGAAGUCAUCCCAAUUUUAACAUCAUACAAUUGGAUACUCCCCCGAGACAUGUCAGGAAGGAUCUUCGUAUAUACGAGGAAAACAUAUGCAGAUAUGUGCGGGAUCCACUGGAUCAGUCCUCGUAUUCGGCAGCUUUGAACGACAUUCAUAGAGACGCCAUAAACUCCGCGGUCGCAGGAUACCGGUUAGAUGCAUCUACAUUAUGGAGUGUUUUGAAGAAAGGGGGCUUUUAUGGUUGUAAACCUUUCAGUACUGAAGCUGAUGUUAAUGAUAUUAAUAGAUGUAUUAAUGCGGAUGAGUUCUAG